UGCGGUUAUCGUUUGUCACUUUCACGUGUUUCAUAGAACUUCUGACAUCAUCUUGACCAAAAAUGCCAAAGUUCCCAAGCUCUACCCCAACUCAACACAGGUUUACGCAAACACCGGUUGAUCAGUCCGAACUACGACAUGCGAAAACACAAUGUCCCGUGGCCUAUAUCAACUGUGACGUUAAUCCUGAUAUUCCCAGUUUUGGGCUAAUCAAUUCCGAUAAGGGUAAACACAAAAAGAAGAGGAACCGAACACCUCAAACGACUACUGCUUUGCUCCAAAACCCGGAAAUAACCAUUAGCGCAACACCGCAUAUAGACACCCAAAACGAGGAGAGACGAAAACCUCGCAACAAACAACACAACCCUCAAAAGGAUACUGGAACAAAUCAACAGGUUAUUUCAAGCCACCAACAGACAGGUGAUCACUCGGAAACAACAGACCAAAUUAAAUACACAUCACAUAAACUCACUUCAAAAGCCUGCUACCCAGAAAAGCCAAAGAAUAAUAAUGACGCAACACCGACAACAAAGAACACAGAAAAAAAACAAGGAGGCAUUACACAAAGUAAACAUAUAAAAAAGCAUUUUCUUCCACUCGAAUCCAAAACAAUCACAAAAAAUAACUUCGGCAAACCAAACUCCGAUACGGAUUCUAGUGAUGAUGCUGCUGCUCCGGUGAUGGGGAAGUCGAAUGUGACGCCAGUUCAACGUGGCGGUGUAGUGUCGAAGGGAGCGGUUGGUGGGAGUGCGUCGAAAUCUGGAUCGGCGGCGUUGGUUGGUGUUGGAGGUGUUUCGAAGUCCGGUGCGAAGCGUGCUGCGGAGUCGAGCUCCGAUUCGGACUCUAGUGAUGAUGCUGCUGCUCCGGUGAUGGGGAAGUCGAGUGUGACGCCAGUUCAACGUGGCGGUGUAGUGUCGAAGGGAGCGGUUGGUGGGAGUGCGUCGAAAUCUGGAUCGGCGGCGUUGGUUGGUGUUGGAGGUGUUUCGAAGUCCGGUGCGAAGCGUGCUGCGGAGUCGAGCUCCGAUUCGGACUCUAGUGAUGAUGCUGCUGCUCCGGUGAUGGGGAAGUCGAAUGUGACGCCAGUUCAACGUGGCGGUGUAGUGUCGAAGGGAGCGGUUGGUGGGAGUGCGUCGAAAUCUGGAUCGGCGGCGUUGGUUGGUGUUGGAGGUGUUUCGAAGUCCGGUGCGAAGCGUGCUGCGGAGUCGAGCUCCGAUUCGGACUCUAGUGAUGAUGCUGCUGCUCCGGUGAUGGGGAAGUCGAAUGUGACGCCAGUUCAACGUGGCGGUGUAGUGUCGAAGGGAGCGGUUGGUGGGAGUGCGUCGAAAUCUGGAUCGGCGGCGUUGGUUGGUGUUGGAGGUGUUUCGAAGUCCGGUGCGAAGCGUGCUGCGGAGUCGAGCUCCGAUUCGGACUCUAGUGAUGAUGCUGCUGCUCCGGUGAUGGGGAAGUCGAAUGUGACGCCAGUUCAACGUGGCGGUGUAGUGUCGAAGGGAGCGGUUGGUGGGAGUGCGUCGAAAUCUGGAUCGGCGGCGUUGGUUGGUGUUGGAGGUGUUUCGAAGUCCGGUGCGAAGCGUGCUGCGGAGUCGAGCUCCGAUUCGGACUCUAGUGAUGAUGCUGCUGCUCCGAUGAUGGGGAAGUCGAAUGUGACGCCAGUUCAACGUGGCGGUGUAGUGUCGAAGGGAGCGGUUGGUGGGAGUGCGUCGAAAUCUGGAUCGGCGGCGUUGGUUGGUGUUGGAGGUGUUUCGAAGUCCGGUGCGAAGCGUGCUGCGGAGUCGAGCUCCGAUUCGGACUCUAGUGAUGAUGCUGCUGCUCCGGUGAUGGGGAAGUCGAAUGUGACGCCAGUUCAACGUGGCGGUGUAGUGUCGAAGGGAGCGGUUGGUGGGAGUGCGUCGAAAUCUGGAUCGGCGGCGUUGGUUGGUGUUGGAGGUGUUUCGAAGUCCGGUGCGAAGCGUGCUGCGGAGUCGAGCUCCGAUUCGGACUCUAGUGAUGAUGCUGCUGCUCCGGUGAUGGGGAAGUCGAAUGUGACGCCAGUUCAACGUGGCGGUGUAGUGUCGAGGGGAGCGGUUGGUGGGAGUGCGUCGAAAUCUGGAUCGGCGGCGUUGGUUGGUGUUGGAGGUGUUUCGAAGUCCGGUGCGAAGCGUGCUGCGGAGUCGAGCUCCGAUUCGGACUCUAGUGAUGAUGCUGCUGCUCCGGUGAUGGGGAAGUCGAAUGUGACGCCAGUUCAACGUGGCGGUGUAGUGUCGAGGGGAGCGGUUGGUGGGAGUGCGUCGAAAUCUGGAUCGGCGGCGUUGGUUGGUGUUGGAGGUGUUUCGAAGUCCGGUGCGAAGCGUGCUGCGGAGUCGAGCUCCGAUUCGGACUCUAGUGAUGAUGCUGCUGCUCCGGUGAUGGGGAAGUCGAAUGUGACGCCAGUUCAACGUGGCGGUGUAGUGUCAAAGGGAGCGGUUGGUGGGAGUGCGUCGAAAUCUGGAUCGGCGGCGUUGGUUGGUGUUGGAGGUGUUUCGAAGUCCGGUGCGAAGCGUGCUGCGGAGUCGAGCUCCGAUUCGGACUCUAGUGAUGAUGCUGCUGCUCCGGUGAUGGGGAAGUCGAAUGUGACGCCAGUUCAACGUGGCGGUGUAGUGUCGAAGGGAGCGGUUGGUGGGAGUGCGUCGAAAUCUGGAUCGGCGGCGUUGGUUGGUGUUGGAGGUGUUUCGAAGUCCGGUGCGAAGCGUGCUGCGGAAUCGAGCUCCGAUUCGGACUCUAGUGAUGAUGCUGCUGCUCCGGUGAUGGGGAAGUCGAAUGUGACGCCAGUUCAACGUGGCGGUGUAGUGUCGAAGGGAGCGGUUGGUGGGAGUGCGUCGAAAUCUGGAUCGGCGGCGUUGGUUGGUGUUGGAGGUGUUUCGAAGUCCGGUGCGAAGCGUGCUGCGGAGUCGAGCUCCGAUUCGGACUCUAGUGAUGAUGCUGCUGCUCCGGUGAUGGGGAAGUCGAAUGUGACGCCAGUUCAACGUGGCGGUGUAGUGUCGAAGGGAGCGGUUGGUGGGAGUGCGUCGAAAUCUGGAUCGGCGGCGUUGGUUGGUGUUGGAGGUGUUUCGAAGUCCGGUGCGAAGCGUGCUGCGGAGUCGAGCUCCGAUUCGGACUCUAGUGAUGAUGCUGCUGCUCCGGUGAUGGGGAAGUCGAAUGUGACGCCAGUUCAACGUGGCGGUGUAGUGUCGAAGGGAGCGGUUGGUGGGAGUGCGUCGAAAUCUGGAUCGGCGGCGUUGGUUGGUGUUGGAGGUGUUUCGAAGUCCGGUGCGAAGCGUGCUGCGGAAUCGAGCUCCGAUUCGGACUCUAGUGAUGAUGCUGCUGCUCCGGUGAUGGGGAAGUCGAAUGUGACGCCAGUUCAACGUGGCGGUGUAGUGUCGAAGGGAGCGGUUGGUGGGAGUGCGUCGAAAUCUGGAUCGGCGGCGUUGGUUGGUGUUGGAGGUGUUUCGAAGUCCGGUGCGAAGCGUGCUGCGGAGUCGAGCUCCGAUUCGGACUCUAGUGAUGAUGCUGCUGCUCCGGUGAUGGGGAAGUCGAAUGUGACGCCAGUUCAACGUGGCGGUGUAGUGUCGAAGGGAGCGGUUGGUGGGAGUGCGUCGAAAUCUGGAUCGGCGGCGUUGGUUGGUGUUGGAGGUGUUUCGAAGUCCGGUGCGAAGCGUGCUGCGGAGUCGAGCUCCGAUUCGGACUCUAGUGAUGAUGCUGCUGCUCCGGUGAUGGGGAAGUCGAAUGUGACGCCAGUUCAACGUGGCGGUGUAGUGUCGAAGGGAGCGGUUGGUGGGAGUGCGUCGAAAUCUGGAUCGGCGGCGUUGGUUGGUGUUGGAGGUGUUUCGAAGUCCGGUGCGAAGCGUGCUGCGGAGUCGAGCUCCGAUUCGGACUCUAGUGAUGAUGCUGCUGCUCCGGUGAUGGGGAAGUCGAAUGUGACGCCAGUUCAACGUGGCGGUGUAGUGUCGAAGGGAGCGGUUGGUGGGAGUGCGUCGAAAUCUGGAUCGGCGGCGUUGGUUGGUGUUGGAGGUGUUUCGAAGUCCGGUGCGAAGCGUGCUGCGGAGUCGAGCUCCGAUUCGGACUCUAGUGAUGAUGCUGCUGCUCCGGUGAUGGGGAAGUCGAAUGUGACGCCAGUUCAACGUGGCGGUGUAGUGUCGAAGGGAGCGGUUGGUGGGAGUGCGUCGAAAUCUGGAUCGGCGGCGUUGGUUGGUGUUGGAGGUGUUUCGAAGUCCGGUGCGAAGCGUGCUGCGGAGUCGAGCUCCGAUUCGGACUCUAGUGAUGAUGCUGCUGCUCCGGUGAUGGGGAAGUCGAAUGUGACGCCAGUUCAACGUGGCGGUGUAGUGUCGAAGGGAGCGGUUGGUGGGAGUGCGUCGAAAUCUGGAUCGGCUGCGUUGGUUGGUGUUGGAGGUGUUUCGAAGUCCGGUGCGAAGCGUGCUGCGGAGUCGAGCUCCGAUUCGGACUCUAGUGAUGAUGCUGCUGCUCCGGUGAUGGGGAAGUCGAAUGUGACGCCAGUUCAACGUGGCGGUGUAGUGUCGAAGGGAGCGGUUGGUGGGAGUGCGUCGAAAUCUGGAUCGGCGGCGUUGGUUGGUGUUGGAGGUGUUUCGAAGUCCGGUGCGAAGCGUGCUGCGGAGUCGAGCUCCGAUUCGGACUCUAGUGAUGAUGCUGCUGCUCCGGUGAUGGGGAAGUCGAAUGUGACGCCAGUUCAACGUGGCGGUGUAGUGUCGAAGGGAGCGGUUGGUGGGAGUGCGUCGAAAUCUGGAUCGGCGGCGUUGGUUGGUGUUGGAGGUGUUUCGAAGUCCGGUGCGAAGCGUGCUGCGGAGUCGAGCUCCGAUUCGGACUCUAGUGAUGAUGCUGCUGCUCCGGUGAUGGGGAAGUCGAAUGUGACGCCAGUUCAACGUGGCGGUGUAGUGUCGAGGGGAGCGGUUGGUGGGAGUGCGUCGAAAUCUGGAUCGGCGGCGUUGGUUGGUGUUGGAGGUGUUUCGAAGUCCGGUGCGAAGCGUGCUGCGGAAUCGAGCUCCGAUUCGGACUCUAGUGAUGAUGCUGCUGCUCCGGUGAUGGGGAAGUCGAAUGUGACGCCAGUUCAACGUGGCGGUGUAGUGUCGAAGGGAGCGGUUGGUGGGAGUGCGUCGAAAUCUGGAUCGGCGGCGUUGGUUGGUGUUGGAGGUGUUUCGAAGUCCGGUGCGAAGCGUGCUGCGGAGUCGAGCUCCGAUUCGGACUCUAGUGAUGAUGCUGCUGCUCCGGUGAUGGGGAAGUCGAAUGUGACGCCAGUUCAACGUGGCGGUGUAGUGUCGAAGGGAGCGGUUGGUGGGAGUGCGUCGAAAUCUGGAUCGGCGGCGUUGGUUGGUGUUGGAGGUGUUUCGAAGUCCGGUGCGAAGCGUGCUGCGGAGUCGAGCUCCGAUUCGGACUCUAGUGAUGAUGCUGCUGCUCCGGUGAUGGGGAAGUCGAAUGUGACGCCAGUUCAACGUGGCGGUGUAGUGUCGAAGGGAGCGGUUGGUGGGAGUGCGUCGAAAUCUGGAUCGGCGGCGUUGGUUGGUGUUGGAGGUGUUUCGAAGUCCGGUGCGAAGCGUGCUGCGGAGUCGAGCUCCGAUUCGGACUCUAGUGAUGAUGCUGCUGCUCCGGUGAUGGGGAAGUCGAAUGUGACGCCAGUUCAACGUGGCGGUGUAGUGUCGAAGGGAGCGGUUGGUGGGAGUGCGUCGAAAUCUGGAUCGGCGGCGUUGGUUGGUGUUGGAGGUGUUUCGAAGUCCGGUGCGAAGCGUGCUGCGGAGUCGAGCUCCGAUUCGGACUCUAGUGAUGAUGCUGCUGCUCCGGUGAUGGGGAAGUCGAAUGUGACGCCAGUUCAACGUGGCGGUGUAGUGUCGAAGGGAGCGGUUGGUGGGAGUGCGUCGAAAUCUGGAUCGGCGGCGUUGGUUGGUGUUGGAGGUGUUUCGAAGUCCGGUGCGAAGCGUGCUGCGGAGUCGAGCUCCGAUUCGGACUCUAGUGAUGAUGCUGCUGCUCCGGUGAUGGGGAAGUCGAAUGUGACGCCAGUUCAACGUGGCGGUGUAGUGUCGAAGGGAGCGGUUGGUGGGAGUGCGUCGAAAUCUGGAUCGGCGGCGUUGGUUGGUGUUGGAGGUGUUUCGAAGUCCGGUGCGAAGCGUGCUGCGGAAUCGAGCUCCGAUUCGGACUCUAGUGAUGAUGCUGCUGCUCCGGUGAUGGGGAAGUCGAAUGUGACUCCAGUUCAACGUGGCGGUGUAGUGUCGAAGGGAGCGGUUGGUGGUAGUGCGUCGAAAUCUGGAUCGGCGGCGUUGGUUGGUGUUGGAGGUGUUUCGAAGUCCGGUGCGAAGCGUGCUGCGGAGUCGAGCUCCGAUUCGGACUCUAGUGAUGAUGCUGCUGCUCCGGUGAUGGGGAAGUCGAAUGUGACGCCAGUUCAACGUGGCGGUGUAGUGUCGAAGGGAGCGGUUGGUGGGAGUGCGUCGAAAUCUGGAUCGGCGGCGUUGGUUGGUGUUGGAGGUGUUUCGAAGUCCGGUGCGAAGCGUGCUGCGGAGUCGAGCUCCGAUUCGGACUCUAGUGAUGAUGCUGCUGCUCCGGUGAUGGGGAAGUCGAAUGUGACGCCAGUUCAACGUGGCGGUGUAGUGUCGAAGGGAGCGGUUGGUGGGAGUGCGUCGAAAUCUGGAUCGGCGGCGUUGGUUGGUGUUGGAGGUGUUUCGAAGUCCGGUGCGAAGCGUGCUGCGGAAUCGAGCUCCGAUUCGGACUCUAGUGAUGAUGCUGCUGCUCCGGUGAUGGGGAAGUCGAAUGUGACGCCAGUUCAACGUGGCGGUGUAGUGUCGAAGGGAGCGGUUGGUGGGAGUGCGUCGAAAUCUGGAUCGGCGGCGUUGGUUGGUGUUGGAGGUGUUUCGAAGUCCGGUGCGAAGCGUGCUGCGGAGUCGAGCUCCGAUUCGGACUCUAGUGAUGAUGCUGCUGCUCCGGUGAUGGGGAAGUCGAAUGUGACGCCAGUUCAACGUGGCGGUGUAGUGUCGAAGGGAGCGGUUGGUGGGAGUGCGUCGAAAUCUGGAUCGGCGGCGUUGGUUGGUGUUGGAGGUGUUUCGAAGUCCGGUGCGAAGCGUGCUGCGGAGUCGAGCUCCGAUUCGGACUCUAGUGAUGAUGCUGCUGCUCCGGUGAUGGGGAAGUCGAAUGUGACGCCAGUUCAACGUGGCGGUGUAGUGUCGAAGGGAGCGGUUGGUGGGAGUGCGUCGAAAUCUGGAUCGGCGGCGUUGGUUGGUGUUGGAGGUGUUUCGAAGUCCGGUGCGAAGCGUGCUGCGGAGUCGAGCUCCGAUUCGGACUCUAGUGAUGAUGCUGCUGCUCCGGUGAUGGGGAAGUCGAAUGUGACGCCAGUUCAACGUGGCGGUGUAGUGUCAAAGGGAGCGGUUGGUGGGAGUGCGUCGAAAUCUGGAUCGGCGGCGUUGGUUGGUGUUGGAGGUGUUUCGAAGUCCGGUGCGAAGCGUGCUGCGGAGUCGAGCUCCGAUUCGGACUCUAGUGAUGAUGCUGCUGCUCCGGUGAUGGGGAAGUCGAAUGUGACGCCAGUUCAACGUGGCGGUGUAGUGUCGAAGGGAGCGGUUGGUGGGAGUGCGUCGAAAUCUGGAUCGGCGGCGUUGGUUGGUGUUGGAGGUGUUUCGAAGUCCGGUGCGAAGCGUGCUGCGGAAUCGAGCCCUGGUUCGAACCCUGGAUCGGAUACUUUGUCGUCUGCUGCCAUUUUUCACUCUUCUUCUUUCUUUCCUAUAUCCGGCGGUAAACGUGUGGCUUCUCCUCUAUCUGAUGUUCCUUCGAAACGCUGCGCUUUUUCCUCCCGCAAGCACGCUUCGUCGCGUUCUUCUGCUCCCUGUGCAUUAAAUUCAUCUGGUGCCAGUGCGCCUCACUCUUCAUCUAUUUGCAAUGAUCAUUCGGUUCAAAACGGUUCUCAAGACCCUAUUCCUAACAUAGAUUCUUGUGGUCGUCUUUCCGCUCCUUUCCGUCGUGUGGAUGGGGACACCAGCGCGUUACACCCUCGGUUGUCCGACAACUCUUUCCGAGCGAAACCAAACUCACGAGGUGCAUGGGGUGAACGAGCCGAACGUGAUUUCGCCUUCACGGCCGGAAAAUCGUUCAGACACGAGAAGACCAAGAAAAAGCGUGGCACUUAUCAAGGUGGAGCCAUAUCCACUGCCGUGUCCUCUUUCAAAUUUGACGAUUGAACCGUUGUAUCAGAGCAUUUGUAAAUAAUACAGCACCCUAUUUUUACCUUUGUAAUCCGUGUUACCAUCAUUCCGAAUGGGUCCAAAAUCAACAUGAC